AUGUUUUUAUAAAAUAUGUUUCAUUUGAAUACUUUUUUCGUCUCAAUUUUAAUAUUAUUUGUAUUAAACUCAAUCAGUUAUUUUACAUUAGUAAAUUCUUAUACUUUACCUACACCAGUUUUUGAACUUUUAGAGCCAAAAGGAAUUCGUAUAUGGAUACCAAAUGAACAAGGCAUGAAAUUUUUUGCAUUUCAAGGAAAUGUGAAUAAAAAACUUAAAUUGAAUCAUUCGGGAGAAAUAUCGGGUGAGGUAUAUGAAAAAAAACAAAAAUGGACCAUUGAAAAUAGAGAUAUAAAUUUAGUAUCAGGAGACGUUAUACAUUAUUGGAUUUAUGUACAAGUGAAUGAAGCAAUGCAUAUCAGUGGAGAACAAACUUGGACAGUCACCAAUAAAUUUGCGAAUUUAUUAUUUCACGAAACUUUUGAUUCCUUGAAAGAUUCAGUUUGGAAUCAUGAAGUUAAGAUACCAUUAACGCCUGACUAUGAAUUUUGUGUUUAUCACAAUGAUCAACAUUCAUCUGCAUAUGUUGAAAAUGGAUUUCUUAAAAUCAAGCCACUGAUAUUAGAAAAUCUAUAUGGUAAUAAUGCAACUACAUAUGGAACAUUGACACUUAGUGGAUGCACUAGUAAGAUUUCAGCGGAAUGUGAACGUAAGGGUAAAUCAUUUCAUAUAUUGCCACCUAUUUUGUCUGCUAGAUUAAGUACAAAAAACACUUUUAGUUUCCAAUAUGGAAAAAUUGAAAUAAGAGCGAAAUUUCCUAAUGGUGAUUGGUUAUAUCCAGAAAUGUGGCUUCAACCAAAAUAUGAUUAUUAUGGUCCCAACUAUUCCAGUGGAUGUGUUAUACUCGGUCUUUCUCGUGGAAAUGAAAAUUUAGUUUCUACUGAUGGAAAGAUAUAUGAUUCAAGAACAUUAGAUUUUGGAUUACGAAUAGGAACAACAAAAAAUCUUACAAAUUAUAUAGUAUCUGAAACACUAAAAAAUGGUCCAAGAUGGACAACGGAUUUUCAUGUUUACACAACAAUUUGGGAUUCCAAUGGAUUUCAAUUUUUUGUAGAUGGCAAAGAAAUUGGUAAAUUGAUUCCACAAGAAAAUGGUUGGAUGUAUGGUAGUAAUUUCAACAAAAUGGCUCCUUUUGAUCAACAAUUUUAUAUUACACUCGGGGUGGGAGUUGGUGGUAUUCGUGUAUUUCCUGAUGGGACAACUAGCUCAGGAAAUGUAAAACCGUGGAAAAAUGUUGGGGCUAAGGCAAUGUUGCAAUUUUGGCAUGCAAAAGAUCAAUGGUUAUCAAGUUGGAGACAAACAAACAGUGAAGAAAAUAUCUUCGAGAUUGAUUAUAUUCGAAUAUGGUCACUUUAAAAAAAUUAAAAAAGCUAUGUUAUUAUAAAGACUUACGUAAUUAAAAAAAUGAUAAAUAAA